AUGGAGAGAACAAAGUCAGCCCUUCUACAAAUUCAGCCUCCAACCUAUGGAAACUUAGUCACUAUUCUCAGCAUCGAUGGGGGUGGUAUUAGGGGCAUUAUCCCUGCAACUAUUCUUGCUUUCCUUGAAGAGCAGCUUCAGGAGUUGGAUGGUGAAUCUGCAAGGCUCGCAGACUACUUUGACGUGAUUGCAGGAACAAGCACAGGUGGACUUGUUACCGCCAUGUUAAGUGCUCCAAAUGAUAAGCAGCGUCCACUUUUUGCCGCCAAGGAUAUAAAGCCCUUCUACUUGGAUCAUAGUCCAAAGAUCUUCCCACAAUACAGUGGCCUUUGGGGAUCCAUAAGAAAAUUGUUGAGAUCAUUAAGAGGACCAAAAUACGAUGGGAAAUACCUUCAUGAGGUCCUGAGGGAGAAGCUAGGGGAAACUCGUGUGCAUGAAACGCUGACCAACAUUGUGAUUCCCACCUUUGACAUCAAGGCAUUGCAACCAAUCGUUUUCUCUUCUUAUCAAAUCAAGAAUACUCCUAGCUUGGAUGCAAGACUCUCUGACAUAUGCAUCGGCACCUCCGCUGCACCUACUUAUCUUCCAGCCCACAACUUCAAGAACGAGGACACAGAAGGGAACGUACACGAAUUCAACCUUGUUGAUGGUGGCGUUUGUGCUAAUAAUCCGACUCUAGUGGCCAUGAAUCAAGUAACCAAGCAGAUCAUGAAUGAAAAUCCUGAUUUCUUCGCCAUCAAGCCCAUGGAAUAUGGUCGCUUCCUGAUAAUCUCACUGGGCACUGGGACACCCAAGAAUGAACAGAAAUUCAAUGCAAAAAUGGCAGCCAAAUGGGGUCUAUUGGAUUGGUUAACUUACAGUGGUUCUACUCCUUUAAUCGAUGUGUUUACUCAAUCUAGCGAUGAUAUGGUUGAUUUUCAUCUUGCUACUGUCACUCAAGCGCUUCAUUCAGAAGAUAAUUACCUUCGGAUACAGGAUGACACAUUGACCGGUACGUACUCAUCAGUUGACAUUGCCACGAAAGAGAAUUUGGAAAAACUCAGCCAAAUUGGUGAAAAAUUGUUGAAGAAACCAGUCUCUAAGAUGAAUUUGGAGUCUGGUUUGUUUGAGCCCAUGCAAAAUGGAGAGACCAACGAAGAUGCUCUCAGAAGGUAA